GAAAGCUCUUUGUGAUAGAAGGCCAUUCCCUAGAAGAGAUCUCAAGAGGAAAUUGGCUGUCAAAUAGUUUCAAGGAAAUGACAUUUGGACAACCAGCAAAUGAGGGUUUCCUCCCACUUCCUGCCAUCCAUCUCCAUUUCCCUCUGUUCAAUCUCUCACCUCCCUCCAGUGGUUCGUUCCUCUGACAAAUAGCAUCUCUCCCAUGCUCCCUUCUACUCUCUUCUGGGGUCAGCUGAGCACUGCUUCCUUGAUGAUGCUACAUUAGGAAAUCGUCACAACCCCAAAUCUCGGAUGCUUCCAAUUCCCCUAUACCUGUCCCAGAACCUGGCCUGGGACAUGACUUCACUGGUAGUCAGCAGGGAGGCCAGCAGCUAAGCUGACCAAGGUAAGCAUGCAGAGCUGAGUCCUCUUACUCCAGGACUCACUCUGGAGGUCCCCGCCCUCAACUCAUCAUUCAUGUGUGACUCUGGAGGAGGAGGCUUAUCCUGUCUGGGCCUCCAUUUUUCAUCCGAGGCAACAUGGGGUGAAAAAUCUCUUUCUGUGGUAUCAGCACUCCUUGCCCAUGGAUGGGUACAAACAGCUUGCAUGGAUGUGAAGAACUAAGACACCAUGUGCAGACAGACACCAUCCUGCUGACUUGGCCCUAAGAUGCAGGCAAGACCUGCCAGCCACAAGUCUCCCAGCCAGCCAGGCAGACGCACUGGGGCUGGGGGGCUUGCGGAGGGUGGAGGGAAGAACAUCAGUUCCAGGGCAGGAGCAAGCGGAGGAGACUCAGGUGAGUCACUUGAGGCUAGCCAUCAGCUUUUCCAGCCUCAAUUUCCCUGUGUCUGGUGACAAAACAUGUCCACAUCAAGCAGAUCCACAAUCCCUUCUUUUAAGGUAACAGAGAAGAGACAGCUGCAAGUCCCACUGUGGAGUCAUGGUUAUCAAGGACCUUGCUCAUCCCUCUGCAACUCUGUGAAGGCAGAGCCUCCCAGAGCCCCACAGCCCACAUGUCCAAAGAGCUUUCAUCACUGAACCCCUACUGUGUGUUGUGCAUUGCCCUAGGGACUCCCAUAUGACCCAUUUGACCUCAUGACCACUCCUUGGGGAAAGUCUUAAAAUUGCCACUGUACAAAUGAGGAAAGAGAGGCUCAAAAAGCUAAGGAGUUUGUCCAAAGUUACACAGCAAAUGAAUGGCAGAGCUGGGACUAAAAUCUGACCUUGGGACUCCCAAGUCCACUGCACCAUUGAGGUGUCAUUGCUUUAGAACCCAUGUGAGUGAACAGAUAAUAGUAACAAUAGCACUUACUGUCUUCAGGCCCUGUGCUAAAUACUUCACAGGCCUUAUCUCAUUCAAUACUCAUAACACCUUAGUUCAGAGAGAGAAAUUAACAUCUCUGUUUUAUAGACAAGGGAACUGAGAGAAGUUUGUCCAAUGUCACACAGCAAAUAACUUGGCAGAGCUACCAAGGUCAAAUCACUUGUAAGUAGUGGAGUCAGGUUCAAACUAGGGUAUGUAAAGAACUUCAGUUUGGGGAAUGAGGACCUCAAGCCUUGCACCAACGUGGAGAAUGAUUACGCUCCUCCAGAAGCUGAGCAAAGUCCAAAUGCCAGCCUCAGUGAACCUGGGCCAGGGCUGGGUUGGUGAAGGAGGGAGCAAGUAAAACUGGACCCCAUUCUCAACAAGUCUGUUGGUUUAUCUUUCUCAGGUUACUUCCUCUAAUCUUUUAUCAGUCUUAAGAACUGUAGUGUCAACAUGUUAUCUUAAAUCAUUAUUGUACAGUGACCAUGUCAUUGGUGUAUCCCCAGGGCCCAGCACAGUGCCUAGCAUCUGGUAACACAUAUUUGUCAAAAGAACAAAGUAUUCUCUAAUGGCCUAAUUCAACUCAACCAUCAUUAACUGGGUACCCAUUAUGUGCUAGGUACCAUUGAUCCAGAGGUGACUGAGCAUGGGUGCCACCUGGAGGAAGUCUCGGUCUAGGGUGGGGACAGAAUGUAACCAUCGGUACCACCUUACACACUUCAAAAAGUACUGUGGAGAAUGAAUGGAUGGCAAACGACUUAUCGGAGCCAGCACUGAGGAAUGAGCCAAGUCCAGUGGGAACACAAGAAAAGGACCCUUUGCUCUGCUGGGAGAGUCACAGAAGGCUUUGCUGGUGGAGGAUGAGAUGUGAUUUCAGCCUGAAAUGAGGAGUUUGUCUUCAGCCAUGUGGAGAAAGGAGCAUUCCAAGCAGAGGGACCAGUCUGAGCAAAGGCAUUCAGGUGUAAAAUUAUUGCCUAGGACUGGAGUGAGGGAUAUGUAGUGCAACUGACAAGAGACUCCUCUUCAAGAGCAGGCCACAUAUCCUUUAUUUCCCAGGGGGUGGAAAUGGGCAGCCUCACAGAGGAAUUGAAUCAUAAUGAAUUGAAGAAAGAAAAAGCCCCUGAAGUUGGCAUUAUAAUUAAUAGGUUUAGGCUCAGGCUCAUCCUACUAGUCCUCACUUAGAUUCAUUCUCAUAUAGAAACAAAACGUGAUUAAUCACCUCAGUAAGUGCAAUUUCCGAAAACAUCCAGGGAAAUCUAGGGUCCAGGUGCAGGACCUUUCCAAUCUGAGCUGGAUUUUGCCUCCAGGAGAGAGCAUGGGUACCAGCCAGCAUUUUCAUCAUCUAAGGGUCAGGUGCCCUGAAGUGUCUGCUGGCACCCAGGGAACAGCCCCCCAGCUUGCUGUCGUAGGACACAGCUGCUCCCUUCCUGGUCAGGUAGCUGGCAUCCCUCCCAUAAUGGGACUUGAGGCUGGGCGGGCUGCUUGGGGACUGCAGAGGAAGAAGGGGGCUGCCAGCAAACCUGCUGACUCAGGCUCCACGAGGGAGCAAGUAACACUGGACUCCUUUCGGCACUCCGAGAAUGGGGUGGGGGCGUCUUCAAAGGAUUUUCCUCCCUUCCCAGUGCUUGUCCCUGCUCUCGGUCCGUUUUCUGCUAAGAUUUGGGGAUUUUCAGGCCUGGAGGGAAAGUCCCUUGGGAAGAUCAUAGAAAGAGCGCUAGCACCGGAUCAGUCUGGAGAGCGCGGAAGGAAAGGGUCGGUCCGCAGAGGGCGCGGGGAAGGCGGGGUGGGGACGCGGUGGAGCCCGCGCUCCUUUGCUGAAGGCUUGGAAGUGCAGCGCAGAAGACAGAGGGUGACUGGGAAGACGCGCGAGCGGGGCCGGCCGGCCGGCGGGUGGGGGAGGGGGAGGCGGGGGAGGCGGCUGAGUGGGCCUCUGGAGUGUGUGUGUCUGUGUCAGUGCGCGCGCGUGUGUGUGUGUGUGUGUGUGUGUAUGUGUGUGUCUGGCGCCUGGCCAGGGUGAUUUCCCAUAAACCACAUGCCCCCACAGCCUCUCUUAAAAGGCUGUGCCGAGGGCUGGCCAGUGAGGCUCGGCCCGGGGAAAGUGAAAGUUUGUCUGGGUCCUCUCGGCGCCAGAGCCGCUCUCCGCAUCCCGGGACAGCGGCGCGGCCCUCGGCCGGGGCGCCCACUCCGCAGCGGCCAGCGAGCGAGCGAGUAAGCGAGGGCGGCCGACGCGCCCGGCCGGGACCCAGCUGCCCGUAUGACCGCGCCGGGCGCCGCCGGGCGCUGCCCUCCCACGACAUGGCUGGGCUCCCUGCUGUUGCUGGUCUGUCUCCUGGCGAGCAGGAGUAUCACCGAGGAGGUGUCGGAGUACUGUAGCCACAUGAUUGGGAGUGGACACCUGCAGUCUCUGCAGCGGCUGAUUGACAGUCAGAUGGAGACCUCGUGCCAAAUUACCUUUGAGUUUGUAGACCAGGAACAGUUGAAAGAUCCGGUGUGCUACCUUAAGAAGGCAUUUCUCCUGGUACAAGACAUAAUGGAGGACACCAUGCGCUUCAGAGACAACACCCCCAAUGCCAUCGCCAUUGUGCAGCUGCAGGAACUCUCUUUGAGGCUGAAGAGCUGCUUCACCAAGGAUUAUGAAGAGCAUGACAAGGCCUGCGUCCGAACUUUCUAUGAGACACCUCUCCAGUUGCUGGAGAAGGUCAAGAAUGUCUUUAAUGAAACAAAGAAUCUUCUUGACAAGGACUGGAAUAUUUUCAGCAAGAACUGCAACAACAGCUUUGCUGAAUGCUCCGGCCAAGAUGUGGUGACCAAGCCUGAUUGCAACUGCCUGUACCCCAAAGCCAUCCCUAGCAGUGACCCGGCCUCUGUCUCCCCUCAUCAACCCCUCGCCCCCUCCAUGGCCCCUAUGGCUGGCUUGACCUGGGAUGACUCUGAGGGAACUGAGGGAAGCUCCCUCUUGCCUGGUGAGCAGCCCCUGCGCACAGUGGAUCCAGGCAGUGCCAAGCAGCGACCACCCAGGAGCACCUGCCAGAGCCUUGAGCCGCCAGAGACCCCGGUUGUCAAGGACAGCACCAUCGGUGGCUCACCGCAGCCUCGCCCCUCUGUCAGGGCCUUCAACACCGGGAUGGAGGAUAUUCUUGAUUCGGCAAUGGGCACUAACUGGGCCCCAGAAGAAGCCUCUGGAGAGGCCAGUGAGAUUCCUGUGUCCCAAGGGACAGAGCUUUACCCCUCCAGGCCAGGAGGGGGCAGCAUGCAGACAGAGCCCGCCAAACCCAGCAACUUCCUCUCAGCAUCUUCUCCACUCCCUGCAUCAGCAAAGGGCCAACAGCUGGCAGAUGUAACUGGUACCACUUUGCCCAGGGUGGGCCCCAUGAGGCCCACUGGCCAGGACUGGAAUCACACCCCCCAGAAGACAGACCAUCCAUCUGCCCUGCUGAGAGACCCCCCGGAGCCAGGCUCUCCCAGGACCUCACCACCACGCCCCCAAGGCCUCAGCAACCCCUCCACUCUCUCUGCUCAGCCACAGCUUUCCAGAAGCCACUCCUCGGGCAGCGUGCUGCCCCUUGGGGAGCUGGAGGGCAGGAGGAGCACCAGGGAUCGGAGGAGCCCCGCAGAGCCGGAAGGAGGACCAGCAAGUGAAGGGGCAGCCGGGCCCCUGGCCCGUUUUAACUCCGUUCCUUUGACUGACACAGGCCAUGAGAGGCAGCGCGAGGGAUCCUCCAGCCCGCAGCUCCAGGAGUCUGUCUUCCACCUGCUGGUGCCCAGUGUCAUCCUGGUCUUGCUGGCUGUCGGAGGCCUCUUGUUCUACAGGCGGAGGCGGCGGAGCCGUCAAGAGCCUCAGAGAGCGGAUUCUCCCUUGGAGCAGCCAGAAGGCAGCCCCCUGACUCAGGAUGAGGACAGACAGGUGGAACUGCCAGUGUAGAGGGAAUUCUAAGCUGGACGCACAGGACAGUCUCUCCGUGGGAGGAGACAUUAUGGGGCGUCCACCACCACCCCUCCCCGGCCAUCCUCCUGGAAUGUGGUCUGCCCUCCACCAGAGGACCGGACCAGAGCAGCCAGGCUAGGGCCCCUCUGUCUCAACCUGCAGACUGUUGACUGAGAGAGGCCAGAGGAUGCUCCCCAUGCUGCCACUAUUUAUUGUGAGCCCUGGAGGCUCCCAUGUGCUUGAGGAAGGCCGGCGAGCCCGGCUCAGGACCCUCUUUCCUCAGGGGCUGCACCCUCCUCUCCCUCCCCUCCAUGCCAGCACCCAGGCCAGGGACCCAUCAGCCUGUGGUUUGUGGGAAAGUAGGGUGGACAUUGAGGAGUGAAAGAACCCUGCACCCAGAGGGCCCGCCUGGUGCCAAGGGAUCCCAGCCUGGACAGGCAUGGACCUGUCUCCAGAGAGAGGAGCCUGAAGUUCACAGGGCGGGACGGCGUCGGCUUGAUUUCCCGUAAAGGUGUCAGCCUGAGAGACGGGAAGAGGAGGCCUCUGGACCUGCUGGUCUGCACUGACAGCCUGAAGGGUCUACACCCUCGGCUCACCCAAGUGCCCUGUGCUGGUUGCCAGGCACAGAGGGGAGGCCAGCCCUGCCCUCAGGACCGGCCCGACCUGCCAGUGAUGCCAAGAGGGGGAUCAAGCACUGGCCUCUGCCUCUCCUCCUUCCAGCACCUGCCAGAGUUUUAGCGGGAGGCCAAGCAGAGGCUCCCCUCAUGAAGGAAGCCAUUGCACUGUGAACACUGUACCAGCCUGCUGAACAGCCUGCCCCCGUCCAUCCAUGAGCCAGCAUCCAUCCGUCCUCCACUCUCCAGCCUCUCCCCAGCCUCCUGCACUGAGCUGGCCUCACCAGUCGACUGAGGGAGCCCCUCAGCCCUGACCUUCUCCUGACCUGGCCUUUGACUCCCCGGGGUGGAGCGGGGUGGGAGAACCUCCUGGGCUGCCAGCCAGAGCCGGUCUUUAGGCUGUGUUGUUCGCCCAGGUUUCUGCAUCUUGCACUUUGACAUUCCCAAGAGGGAAGGAACUAGUGGGAGAGAGCCAGGGAGGGGAGGGCACAGACAGAGAGGCUGCAGGGCGAGCUCUGACUGAAGAUGGGCCUUUGAAAUAUAGGUAUGCCCCUGAGGUUGGGGGAGGGUCUGCACUCCCAAACCCCAGCCCAGUGUCCUUUCCCUGCUGCUGACAGGAACCUGGAGCUGAGCAGGUUAUCCCUGUCAGGAGCCAUGGGCUGGGCUGCAUCUCAGCCCCACCUGCAUGGCACCCAGCUCCCAUCCACUUCUCACCCUUCUUUCCUCCUGACCUUGGUUGGCAGUGAUAACCUCCAUCUCUCACCCACCCGUCUACCAUCACCUCUAACCAGGCAAGCCAGGGUGGAAGAGCAAUCAGGAGAGCCAGGCCUCAGCUUCCAAUGCUUGGAGGGCCUCCACUUUGUGGCCAGUCCGUGGUGGUGGCUCUGAGGCCUAGGUAACAGGCGACAGGGUUGCCAGUUGCCCCUGGGUUCCUUUGUGCUGCUGUGUGCCUCCUCUCCUGCUGCCCUGGGUCCUCCACUGAGAGACCCUACCCUGCCUGGCCACUGGGCCCGUGACUUUCUCUUCCUGCCCAGGAAAGUGAGGGUCUGCUGGCCCCACCUCCCCUGUCCUGAUGCUGACAGCUAAGGGAAGGGCAGUGAACUUGCAUAUGGGGCUUAGCCUUCUAGUCACAGCCUCUAUAUUUGAUGCUAGAAAACACAUAUUUUAAAAUGGAAGAAAAAAAAAAACCAAAAAAAAAGGCAUUCCCCCUUCAUCCCCCUACCUUAAACAUAUAAUAUUUUAAAGGUCAAAAAAGCAAUCCAACCCACUGCAGAAGCUCUUUGUGAGCACUUGGUGGCAUCAGAGCAGGAGGAGCCCCAGAGCCGCCUCUGGUGUCCCCCCAGGCUACCUGCUCAGGAACCCCUUCUGUUCUCUGAGAAGUCGAGAGAGGACAUUGGCUCACGCACUGUGAGAUUUUGUUUUUAUACUUGGAAGUGGUGAAUUAUUUUAUAUAAAGUCAUUUAAAUAUCUAUUUAAAAGAUAGGAAGCUGCUUAUAUAUUUAAUAAUAAAAGAAGUGCACAAGCUGC